AGUGGCUGCUGUUGUCUGUCUGCAGCUAACCUGAAGCAGCCUGGAUGGAGAACCGGUGGCCUUUCAUCAUCCACCUGCACUGACUGGAGACACCAGCAGCCUGGUCACGAUGGAGCCUGGCAGAGUUUGGUCCAGAUAUCAGAGGACGGUGCUGCUCACAAUGAUGAUGUUCAAGCUGGGAUUAUUGUGCACAGCAGCAGCAGACAGCUGUUUAUCCUCUCCUUGCAACAAUGGUGCAACAUGUAUCGACCACAGGGGUGAAUAUGUGUGUCUGUGCACCAAAGGACCAGUCUGGUUCAUGGGUAAAAACUGCGACGAACGCUACGAUCCCUGUAUUUUUGCACCUUGCAGCAACUGUACCAGUGAACUUGGGACGGAUCGGUUCACCUGCCAGUGCCCAGAUGGCUUCACAGGGAACAGAUGUGAUCAGGGUGUAGAUGAAUGCCAGAGUGACCCCUGCAGUGGUGUUAAGUCCAACUGUGUGGACAAUGUCAAUGGGUAUUCAUGCCACUGUCCUCUUGGUCUGGGAGGUGACGACUGCCAGGAGAGCGUGGGCACUUGCACAGAGGAAACAUGUCAGAAUGGUGCUACUUGCCUGGACGUCCCUGACCAGGGCCCUCAGUGCCGAUGUGCUGCUGGAUUCCAGGGGAAUAACUGUGAGGAGAAUAUUGACGAAUGCUGGUCUGACCCCUGCCAAAACGGAGCCAUCUGUAAAGACGGAGUUGAUGGCUAUCAGUGUUUCUGUGUGCCUGGAUUUCAGGGCUAUCAUUGCGACCUCGACAUAAAUGAAUGUGCCUCACAACCCUGUCAGAACAAUGGCACAUGUCUGGAUUUGGUGGAUCACUACAUGUGUGUCUGCACUCCAGGUUUUAAAGGCAUCAACUGUGAGGAGGAGAUCGAUGAGUGUGAGUCUCUUCCCUGUCAAAACGGUGCCACCUGUCAAGACCAUGUUGCUUUGUACUCGUGUGAGUGCAUGGCAGGUUUCCAGGGCCAGGAUUGCGAGGUCAACAUUGAUGAAUGUGCCAGCAUGCCUUGUCUGAACGGGGGCAAGUGCAAUGAUAGGGUCAACAGUUAUCAGUGUGACUGUGACGGGACGGGCUUCACCGGGGACCACUGUGAAAACGACAUCCUGGAAUGUGCAUCUGAUCCCUGCCAGCAUGGAGCCACAUGCUCAGAGGGAAUCAACCAGUACAUGUGCCUCUGCUGGCCAGGUUAUGAAGGAGAGAACUGCCAGGUGGAUAUAGAUGAGUGUGAACAGCAUCCAUGUGAAAAUGAUGGAGAGUGUUUCCAGCGCUCCAUUCUCCAGAACUAUGGGACGCUUCCUGAACUGACAACAGCCAACUUCAGCUACAAUGUAGCAGCUGGCUUCAUUUGUCGCUGCCUGCCAGGAUUUGCAGGAGAUAACUGCUCAGUCAAUGUGGACGAAUGUGAGUCUGCUCCGUGUCAUCAUGGCGGGAGUUGUCAGGAUCAGAUCAACUCCUUUCGAUGUGUGUGUCCAGAGGGCUUCACGGGUGUUCUCUGCGAGGUUGACAUCAAUGAGUGUGACAGCAAUCCCUGCCAGAAUGGCGCCACGUGUGAGGAUGCUGCCAACUCCUACAGGUGUCACUGCCCCACGACAGAGCGGGGUCAGGAACCCUGGGGGGGGCGUGACUGUGACGUAAAGCUGCUUGGCUGCCGGCAGCACCAGUGUCAGCAUGGGGCGACUUGCAUCCCCAUAUUAAACGUUGCCGGAGAUCACAGUUACAUCUGCAUGUGCUCCCCUGGCUGGGGCGGAGAACGCUGCAACACCCUGACCACCUUCUCCUUCAACAUAGAGGGCUAUGUUCUCAUGCAGCUGCCUGUUUUCAGGAACAAGACGAAACGAGAGGCUGUCAAAAAAAUCCAAGCACUCCACAUGCAGCUUCGUUUCAGGAGUACUCUACCCAACAUGCUGCUGUACUACCGGGGCACCAUGGAGCGUUUCCUCUCCCUGGAGCUUGUUGACGGCACUCUGCAGGCUACGCUGAGCUCAGGGAAGGUACUGAAGGUGGUUUACCCCAUCCCGGUCAAUGAUGGAGAAUGGCAUCAGGUGACUGUAACGAUGGAUGAUGGGUUGGUUCUGACUGUGACAGGACCUAGUUGUAAGGAAGAAUGCCAAGUGAGGAAUGAAGGUCACAACCAUCUGAUUUUCCUCCAGCCUAGAUUUUUCCAACAGCUCUAUAUAGGAGGAAUUCCUCGGAAUUACUCCUCUCACUUAUCCAGUGGGAAGGGAUUCAUUGGCUGUAUGGAAGACCUUAAAGUUGACCACAUACUGCUGCUACCUCAGGACCUCAUCAGGGAGGAAAACAAAGGCUUGGAACUCGGAUGUUCCAAAAGGGACUGGUGCUCUGAGGGCGUCUGCUCGGACCGAGGACAGUGUGUGGACAUGUGGGUUCGUGCAAACUGUGUAUGUCAUCGGCCAUAUUAUGGCAGCCGCUGUGAAAAAGAAUACCAGUCAUUGACCUUUGGCUAUGAGAACACCAGCAGCUACUCUUUUAUCAACAUUUCAAACAGCCAUGGAGAAAACUUCACCAUUUCCUUUUUAAUGCGAUCUCUAAAACACAGCGGCCUGCUCCUGCAGUUCCACCGAGAGGGAAAGUCCUAUCUGACGGUCUAUCUGAAGGAAAGCACUGUUGCCAUCUACAGUCCUCACACAACUCUGCUGUCUGAGGCUAAGCAAGUCACUGAUGGAAAGAACCAUUUAGUGACCAUAAAGAUUAUCAAUGGCCAUGUGGUUUUUCCUAAAGCGGGGAACCACCGUGCCUUAGGCAACCUGAGCGUAGAAGCAGGAGAUGUGGCAUUUGUUGGAGGGCUCCCUGCAGGCAGGAACAUGAAUGCCUGGGGUGGAAACUUCAAGGGCUGCCUUCAGGACAUUCAGCUGGAUGACAAACAAAUGAGUCCUGGGGAUCAUCUGGAGGGUUUGGAGCUUUACCAGUUCACCACGGUGAAUGUGCUGCCAGGCUGUCACAGUGACGACACAUGUAAGGAUAACCCCUGUUUAAAUAACGGACAAUGUCAGGUCACUUGGAAUGACUUCACGUGUGUGUGCCCCAGUAACUUCUCGGGCCGGCUCUGUGAAACCCGCCUGUGGUGCAUUGAGAAGCCAUGUUUUGAGGGAGCAAUCUGUGCGGGUCUAACAGAUGGUUACGAAUGUUUGACAGAAGCUGUGUUUCAGGACAAUUCUCUUCAGUUUGUUGCCAAUGGCUCCCUGCUGAAUCCUGUGACCAACAUCACCAUGGCCAUACGGACAAGGGAUGAAAAUGGGAUCUUGUUGCGUUCUGAAGGCAGAGAAGAGGUUUUUUGUUUGGGUUUAUUAAACUCCAGCCUGCUGGUCAAGCUGGAUAGUGGGCCAGGUGAAGAACUGCUGGCCUUCAUGAGUGACAGGACCAUUGCAGACGGGGCAUGGCACCAGAUCCAGCUCAGUAUGGUCAACCCUCUCUUUCCAGUGUCUCGUUGGCACCUCACAGUGGAUGGGCAGAAAGCUGGUGGCAGCUUUGGCGUUGGAGGAUAUCUCAACUUCAUGAAUAACAGCAAAGUUUGGCUGGCAGAAAACUACACUGGUUGUUUACGGGAAGUGAGAAUAGGUGGCGUCUAUCUGCCUCUUCAAAAGGUACCAGAUGCCCCUCAGCGAAGCCAGUUCUCCAUGAUCAGUGGACUUCAGCCAAUCAUUGGAUGUCAAGGUGCACCAGUUUGUGAAUCCCAGCCCUGCCUUAACCAGGGACUCUGUCAGGACCAGUUUAACGAGUUUAACUGCAGCUGUAGCCCUGGAUGGGAAGGCAACCUGUGUGAGAAGGAGAUAAACGAGUGCUCUUCAGCUCCCUGUGUCUAUGGUUCCUGUACAGACCUCAUGGCAGACUACCAGUGUACAUGUGAUCCUGGAUAUGAUGGGAUCAACUGCCAGAAUGAAGUGGAUAACUGUCUAGAGUUCAGCUGUGUUAACGGAGGAGUCUGUGAAGAAAUUACUGGCACUCAUUCAUGUUCAUGUCCUCCUGGGUACAAAGGCACACGCUGCCAAUGGCGUUUCCCUCCAGUAGCUUGUGAUGCAAGCAAGGAUUGUCUCAAUGGUGGGGUCUGCAUAGGAGGCAACUGCACCUGCAAACCUGGAUACACUGGCGUCAGGUGCGAGACGGAAAUAGAUGAAUGCGAGUCCAGUCCGUGUCAAAAUGGAGCCACCUGUCUGAACCGACUCAACCACUUCCAGUGUGUUUGUGUCCCAGGCUUCAGUGGCAAGCUCUGUGAGAGCAAUAAAGGAGAGCAUAAGGAAAGAGUUCCCUGGCUGGCAGUCACCAUCCCCCUGACCACCCUAUGUGUGCUGUUAGCCAUCCUGACUGUGUUUUUCCUGAUCAUGACAGCAAGGAAGAAGCGGCAGUCGGAGGGUACGUACAGCCCCAGCUGUCAGGAGGUGGCCGGUGCCAGGCUGGAAAUGGGCAGUGUGCUCAAAGUGCCACCAGAGGAGAGGCUGAUCUAAAGCCUUACAUUCCCACCUCACUAUCUUACAUCCAAAGGAUGCAUAUCAAGCCCAGGAAAAUAUUUAGCAGUAUCAUACUGCUUUAACAACUAAUAAGAGACAGUAGAAGAUGUCAUAAACUGCCUGGAGUAACUAGUGACACUGGAUUCGUCAUUAAAUGGUUAACAAAGGAAAAACCUUUUUCUGCUGAUUCCAACGAUGACAAAGAAGAAUGAGGAAUGUGGCUGUUGAGGGGAAAUAAGUUUCUCCAUGUAUUUUACAUAAUGUGAAAUUUGCACAACAGUCUAUUUAACUGACAAGUCCUGGCAGCUUUUUUUGACAAGCAAAAUCAUUUUAAACUUUUUAACUAUUUUCUUGUACCCGGCCAACUCAUCCUUCUUUUCUUUUUUUUUCAGAUGAGAUAUUUUGCCUAAAGCUUUGAGGAUAAAAUCAUUCUGUGUGAAUGAUUUUACAGUGCAUGUGGUAGAACUUUGCCUCACAAUUGAAAUAUCUUUCCAAGCCUGAAUGGACAUCCACCCAGGCUUGGAAAGACAAAGUCUUACUGCGGCAUGUAGGGAUGUCCCAAUCAUUUAAGAACAGGUGUCAGCCCAGGCCCCAUCUGGUUAAGAUAACUGGAUGGAUUUACUCUGUGAUGCUCUAACACAGGUUAACAAUGUAAAACAAAGUGAAAACCUGGAAAUGUAAAGUUAUAUAUGCGUACAUCUAAAUAACGUGCAUUGAAGACACAUGCAUCUGUCUUCAAUAAACUCAGUUCAGUGGACUGCGUUGCUGCAAUGACUGGCUAACAUUAGCAUCGUUGGUCACCGUUAUCACUCUAUAAAUUAGCUCACAGUGCAUUUUGUUGCAGUUUCAGUCAAUAGAGAUAAUUCAGAAUACACUUCUCCUGCUUCAGAAACUGCAGACAGGUGUUUCUGUCUACAGCACUGAAACUUUCCUGAACUUAGCACACGAAGAAGAUCACAUGACACAAAAUGGGCAAAAAGCAUCAAAAGAUAUUUAGAUUCUAAACAUUUUCUCCCCCAAAAUUACACAGAAACCAUAAUACAGCUUUAAGAGACUCAAGAAAAUCUGCAGUGAUAAUCAAAAAAGUUACUAUGCAGAAUGCAACUAAGGCGAAAUGACAGGCAAACAAACACCAGGCACACUGAACAUGUGAAACGGAUCCUGAGGCGAUACCUGGGAUUGGACUGGGACAUCGUCAGCUGUAUUAUUUAUUUAGUAAACACUGUAGGGCUCAAUAGGCUAACUGUGCUACCUAUUAUUCUUAUUCUACUUACUUUGAGUAUUUGUCCUCAUUUUUGUGUUUUGGGUUAUAUGUUCGUCUAAACUGCUCAAGUUGAAGUCACUGAACCUUUUUCUAUGUUUUCAUAUUUGAAGUAUUUAUUUAAAAAUGCUGUUGCUGUGGUCAGUGUGUCAGAAAAUGCUCCAAAAGGGGAUAUUAAGUUUAAUCAAAUUAUAGUUGUCUACGUUUGUGUGUUCAACAAUUUGAUGUGCGAACAUUGUUCAUGACGACUUCAUAAUAGGGAAACAACUGGCAUGGCCUUGUCCAAUAUAUCUACUGUUGAUUAGGCAUAAAACACUGUUAUCAAUUGCAAAUAGGCUGCUUAUGUAGGAAAAAUAAUCUGCUUUAAUAAAGAAUAAUUGUUGUGGUGUGGUAAUGCCAUGACAAACUAAACCACAUUACUAAAUGUAAUGACAGUGGACACUUUGAAGCGUGCCUCUGACAAAACAAUCCAUUUGAAGAACCAGACAGCCUUCCACUGCAUGAGAGGAAUGUGAUCAGGAAGCUGUUACAAAACACAGAGCUGAGAAAAGGCAGCGGUGUGAGGGAUGCAACAGGGCUCAGUCUUAGGUCUAAUCUUCCUUACAGUGAACUGGGAAACCUGGGUUUGGAGAACCAGCUAGGAAUAUGAUCAAUGUCAAAACAUGCUGGACUGCCAUACAGACUGAACAAAUAUUUUAUAUGGUAAUUUUGCACCUUGUCACUUUGAAAUCUGACAGAUGAUUUAUGCGUUAUUGCUUUCAUCCGAUCCAUAAAAAUACAACAACAACAGGUAAGGUGAAGAAAAACAACUUCAUAAGUAGCUUGUGGCUUAUUAAAAGUGCAGCAGGAAGAUAUUCUGCUUCAGUCACUGGGAGGUUUGUUGAACUUUCAUUUUGCAAGGGCUUAAAAUUGCAGCCAAACUUUGGUGGGUUAAUUGGUUGAAAAAUGUGUGAAAAGCUAAACUUUUCUUUUAAAAACAGAUGAAAUGUAUUUUCUAAUACUGCUGAAUUAGGAAAUACUUUAGAUGUUGAGACCUGGCUUUGAUUUGGUCCUGCUCAUAGCAUUGGUUUGUUUGUUCAAACUGAGGACAAACUGACCGCUGCCUCCUCCAGGUCAGAUACUGACUACUUUUAAUACUUUACAUUUCUAAAAAAUGAAAAAAAAGAAAAAAAUGUGUCAUAAUGUUCUCUUUACUUUUUGACAGGCAUUGUAUUAGUGCAAGAUGAAUUAUGUUAGCUACUUGGGAAUAUUAAUGAUUCCAACAUGCUCCUGUACGUCUCUGUACCCAGAAAAACCCCAAAACUUGCUUGCCUUUUCCUUCUGUUCUCUGGUGCUGCUAAUUUCUCAAAAUCAUUCAAAGAGUUGCUUUUGCAAUACUGAAAGGUGCUUAUCUGACAUCAAGUCACUCUAAUACACUGCCCUCAUCUUAUGUCAUGGAUAAUUAGUUUCUGAAGAAGAAGUUCCUUAUAAAAUGAUGGAAAAACAAACUGCAGAAUUAUGUGUGACAGGAUGAAGUAAGAGCAGCACUGUGGCUGGUGAACCCAGGUGUUAACAAAGCAAUCUAAAGGCACUGGACUGUGUUUUAUCAUACAAACGUCUAGUUUUUGAAGUUGUUCAUGUAAAUGAUGUUUUACAUGAAUUAAAUGUGACAUAAGAUGACUGCAUAUGGGAGUAGUUUUAGACAGAAUGAAGCAAAAUGCCAAAAGUUUGGUUAAAAAGAGAAAAUGCUGUUGAAUCUACAGAUGAAAGGAUAUGUUGCUGUUUUUUUUUUUACAUUUCCUGUUCAAUCCGUCUUUUGCAAAAGGGAAGAUGGUUGGAAUUGAGGUGUUUAAUGUAUUUUUUAUGUCUAGAUGAUUUCUUGCUACAAAGUAAAUACUGUAUGUAUUCAUGUAAUAUAUGUACAGUCAGGCCAAACUGUAUUUUGCUGCUGAGUUUUUUUCUCUAUCACUCAGUUUCUUUUUAACAUUGCUGAGCAUCUAUAACUCCCAUAAUCUAUGGUUGCAUAUUAGUUUUUAUAGUUGCGGUUUAACUGUGGAAAAUCAUCAGGAGGUGUUGCAUUUUAACCGGAAACAACUGGCAUGGCCUUGUCCAAUAUAUCUACUGUUGAUUAGGCAUAAAACACUGUUAUCAAUUGCAAAUAGGCUGCUUAUGUAGGAAAAAUAAUCUGCUUUAAUAAAGAAUAAUUGUUGUGGUGUGGUAAUGCCAUGACAAACUAAACCACAUUACUAAAUGUAAUGACAGUGGACACUUUGAAGCGUGCCUCUGACAAAACAAUCCAUUUGAAGAACCAGACAGCCUUCCACUGCAUGAGAGGAAUGUGAUCAGGAAGCUGUUACAAAACACAGAGCUGAGAAAAGGCAGCGGUGUGAGGGAUGCAACAGGGCUCAGUCUUAGGUCUAAUCUUCCUUACAGUGAACUGGGAAACCUGGGUUUGGAGAACCAGCUAGGAAUAUGAUCAAUGUCAAAACAUGCUGGACUGCCAUACAGACUGAACAAAUAUUUUAUAUGGUAAUUUUGCACCUUGUCACUUUGAAAUCUGACAGAUGAUUUAUGCGUUAUUGCUUUCAUCCGAUCCAUAAAAAUACAACAACAACAGGUAAGGUGAAGAAAAACAACUUCAUAAGUAGCUUGUGGCUUAUUAAAAGUGCAGCAGGAAGAUAUUCUGCUUCAGUCACUGGGAGGUUUGUUGAACUUUCAUUUUGCAAGGGCUUAAAAUUGCAGCCAAACUUUGGUGGGUUAAUUGGUUGAAAAAUGUGUGAAAAGCUAAACUUUUCUUUUAAAAACAGAUGAAAUGUAUUUUCUAAUACUGCUGAAUUAGGAAAUACUUUAGAUGUUGAGACCUGGCUUUGAUUUGGUCCUGCUCAUAGCAUUGGUUUGUUUGUUCAAACUGAGGACAAACUGACCGCUGCCUCCUCCAGGUCAGAUACUGACUACUUUUAAUACUUUACAUUUCUAAAAAAUGAAAAAAAAGAAAAAAAUGUGUCAUAAUGUUCUCUUUACUUUUUGACAGGCAUUGUAUUAGUGCAAGAUGAAUUAUGUUAGCUACUUGGGAAUAUUAAUGAUUCCAACAUGCUCCUGUACGUCUCUGUACCCAGAAAAACCCCAAAACUUGCUUGCCUUUUCCUUCUGUUCUCUGGUGCUGCUAAUUUCUCAAAAUCAUUCAAAGAGUUGCUUUUGCAAUACUGAAAGGUGCUUAUCUGACAUCAAGUCACUCUAAUACACUGCCCUCAUCUUAUGUCAUGGAUAAUUAGUUUCUGAAGAAGAAGUUCCUUAUAAAAUGAUGGAAAAACAAACUGCAGAAUUAUGUGUGACAGGAUGAAGUAAGAGCAGCACUGUGGCUGGUGAACCCAGGUGUUAACAAAGCAAUCUAAAGGCACUGGACUGUGUUUUAUCAUACAAACGUCUAGUUUUUGAAGUUGUUCAUGUAAAUGAUGUUUUACAUGAAUUAAAUGUGACAUAAGAUGACUGCAUAUGGGAGUAGUUUUAGACAGAAUGAAGCAAAAUGCCAAAAGUUUGGUUAAAAAGAGAAAAUGCUGUUGAAUCUACAGAUGAAAGGAUAUGUUGCUGUUUUUUUUUUUACAUUUCCUGUUCAAUCCGUCUUUUGCAAAAGGGAAGAUGGUUGGAAUUGAGGUGUUUAAUGUAUUUUUUAUGUCUAGAUGAUUUCUUGCUACAAAGUAAAUACUGUAUGUAUUCAUGUAAUAUAUGUACAGUCAGGCCAAACUGUAUUUUGCUGCUGAGUUUUUUUCUCUAUCACUCAGUUUCUUUUUAACAUUGCUGAGCAUCUAUAACUCCCAUAAUCUAUGGUUGCAUAUUAGUUUUUAUAGUUGCGGUUUAACUGUGGAAAAUCAUCAGGAGGUGUUGCAUUUUAACCGGAUCAGGCAACCAGCAAUCAGAAGCCAAAAAGGGAAUACAGAGAAACAAACUUCAAAUUAUUAUUAAUGUCAAAUUUUGAGAGUAAUUUGCUAUCUAUUACUGACAUAAAUCUGUGUUUGCUUAUUUUGCAAAAGUAAUUGUUAGGCUAAUUUUAUCAAGUCAACUGAUGUCUACAAAUCUCAAUCCUGUACUGAUGAAAUAACAAUAUAAAAUUUGAAAAUAGGAAAACAUAUAUGUUCAUGGUGCAACACUGAUAUGUGCCUUGAUGCUUUCUGAAUCCAUGACACUGAUGUGUCCCAUGAUGCUGUAUGGAUGCUCUGUGUUUAGAUUGACUGGCAGACUGAAGCAGACUUAGCACUACUAAGGUCUUACAAUAUUGACAACAUGUUAUUUUACACUGUUAUUCAAAAGGUAAAUGCAUGUAUUUUCAGAAUGGUUGUGAUCAUGCACGGAAUCAUUUAAACUUGUAAUAUGCUCAGCUUUGGUAAAAAUGAAGUUUCUAUGAAACAGUUCCUACUAGUUUCACUUUUAUGCAAUAGAGGAAAUAAUAGUUCCCUGAAGCUGUGCAGCCAGAGCCUCCAAUUUCACUGAUUUUAACUCAGCCUACAUGUGUUAAUGUUUCUUUGGCUUUGAAUUUGUAUGUGUUGAUCUGAUGUCAUGCCCAAUGUGUUCAAAGAUGUCCUUCUGGAAGACAACUCUUCAUAUGCACUGACUGAAUCUGUCUAUGUGAAGAUGCAUAUGCUUAACAUUGAUAGUUUCUAUAUAUGUUUUAUGUUUGUGUAAAUAGAGCCAUAUGGUUGUCAAGC